CGUUUAUUUGUGCGCCAUGUCUCGGUACCACAAGGCGGCCGUUGACGGCUACCUGGAGCUUUUGAAGGAGGCCACCAGGAAGGACCUGAACUCUCCGGACGAAGACGGCAUGACGCCCACCCUGCUGGCUGCUUUUCACGGGCAUGUGGAUGCGCUCCAGCUCAUUUGCGGCAGAGGGGGAGACCCCAACCGAAGCGACAUCUGGGGAAACACGCCGCUGCACCACGCCGCCGCCAACGGCCAUAUGCACAUCCUCAGCUUCCUGGUCAGCUUCGACGCCAACCUCUUCGCGCUGGACAACGAGCUGCACACGGCGAUGGACGUGGCUGCUUCGCGGGACCGCAUGGAGUGUGUGCGCUUCUUGGACGCCGCCGCCUCCCAGCAGACCAACGAGAAUCCAAAGAGGGUCGUCAGGUUAAAGAAGGAGGCCGGCAAGGAAGCGGAGAAACGGGUGAAGCUUUGCGAGAAGGUGAAGCGGCGACACCAGAGCAAGAUGGAUAAGAUGCACCGCGGGGCAGACACCGCCGGGUCCGCUUCAGAGGCGAGCGAUACGUCGGCCUCGUCGGGCGUCGGCGCCGUGUCGGGCGUCAACGAGCAGUUUUCCAAACUCAUCGCCUCUGACAAAUCUGGCUCGCUGACGGCCAGGGUUAAAGGCACACUGCAGAAGAAGCUCGGCAAGAAAGAAAAGGGAACCCUCCAGAGAUCUGCAGGCGACGGGAACGUCAUCUUCCUCAAGCAGGACGACGCAGCGUCGGAGAAUCCGGAGUUUCUGGAUGUUUUCAACGAGCAGGACGAGAGGACGCUCGAAGAGGAAGAGGAGGCCGGCUGUGGCGACGACGAAUCAGGCCAAGUCAAACAGUCCAUCUUCAACAGGCCCGGCCUGGGCGGUCUUAUUUUCAUGAAGAGGAUGAGCCUGGAGACAGAGUACGUUCUGAGCGGGAACAACGAAAACCUCGGUUACCUGGUUCAGAACGAAGCGCUGGAGGCAGAGGAAGACCACUCUGGCUCGGAAGGGAACGGCGACACGGAGGUCCCGUGGGAGCAGGACGAUCUAGGCCUGGAUGACAACGAGGAGGAAACGUCUCCGCUCGACGCCUUCUUGUCGUCCGUCUCCUUGUCCGAGUUUGCCCUGGCGUUCACCAGAGAGCACCUGGACCUGGAGGCGCUCAUGCUCUGCUCCGACGAAGACCUGAAAAGCAUUCGCAUCCAGUUGGGGCCCCGGAAGAAGAUCCUGGAAGCUGUUGCGCGCCGCAAGAAUGCGCUGGACAGGCCGGGCGCGAUGGGAGACAGCUGCCUGUGAGAACUUCCAUAAAAGACGACAAUUACAAUCGGGUGUUUGCUGUAAUGUACAAAAGACGAUUCGGUGAUCAAACAAGCUAUAUGUUAA